GCAGCCAUUUUGGGGAGGCUGUGGACCGUCGAGCUCGUAUGUGCCAUUAUUAGCUGCCCGAAAACACACAAAGAAACCAAACGGAACAGCGUUGGACGACACGUCGUUAAAUAUGGGCCCGCCGGGAGACAGAACACGCCACACGUCGACUGAAAGAACGGAGGAUUUCAGCUGGAUUGUCGAUUUAUCUUGACAUGGCAUGCGGCAGGGCGAGCCGGAGGUUGUGACGACUGAAGAAAAGAAGAGAAAGAAAACAAGCGCAGCAAACACCUCGAAACGUCAGACGUGGAAAGGGAGAGAUUUUGUUUAGUUUAUUUCGCCAUUCAGCGUUUGGUCGUUGAGUUGGCUAUCGAUUCCCUGGCUGAUUUUUGUCGAUGAAGUUGUUGACAAGACACGACUGAAGCGAAUUCUACCUAGCUAAAAUGCUGAGCACAAGCAGAAACAGUUAGUCAGUGAACCCUGCAAGUCUCCUGACUCUCACAGCACUGGCAGUCACGUUGAACCCAGCGAGAAAAUGUAAACGCGUGGAAAGAUGACUGUACGCUAGCUAGCCGAUUACACAUAGGCCUCGAUUAAGCCAAUCAUUCAGAAGAUAAGAUGUAGCUAUAUCGUUGGUUCACUACUAGUUAGUGUCGGAAGUGAAUGCCUAGAUUAGCUUGCUAGCUCACCCUAGCUAGUGUGCUAAAAAUACGCCCACAUCAUGACUAUCAGCACUGGCGGCGCUGUAGGCCUUGGGCCAAAUGAGUGGCAGUAAAAGUCAAGGAAAUGUCAAGUUACUUUCGCAGUAGUCUUCGAUGUUACCCGGUGCCAAUAUCUUCUGGCAUCUGUAUUUACCUGCCAUGUUCGUCUGUAUCCCCAGUCCGUCUGUAACACGCACAUAACGCAGUCUCUACAGAGAAACAAACAAAACGACAGCCAUGGAUGAGGGACUUUGAAAUGACCCAAAUAAUAGAAUAUUUGUCUGCUUGCUGUAGUCCACAAUCUCACUAGCAAAAAAAAAUUAAAUUAUUACCGGUAUGGAUUUUUGUAGUAGCAGCCGUUUCUAUUGAUUUCAGUAACAUUUACAGGAGAAAAUUUGAGUUGCUGUUUCAUUUAAAUCUCUGUUGUAAUUCCUUGUCAAUGGCAGGUUGAAAAAAAAAAAAAAGAUCAUUUGGCUUGAAAGUCAUGUCUUAAAACAUGGAUUUCUGAUCAAGUAUCAAGGAGAUGUAGUCUUAGCUUGUUGACCAUUCCCCUCCUCAACACUGCCCUUUUACAAAAAGAAAUUGAAAUGACUUAGUUUUGUUUCUGAUUUGUUGACCUUUUCAGUUGAUAGUUAGUACUUCGAAGAUCUAGCUGAGAGUUUUGAUGCGUUGUCUCUGCAAAGGGUAGCUAGCUCCAUCCUUUAUCCAGUGCAUAAAUACAGAAGUAGAGAGUGUAGCCAAAAUAUACUGCACAAGAGGAGAAGACCCUACCAUCAAAAUCUAACCAUGGGGGACCCAACUUCACGAAGAAAUCAAACAAGAAAUCGACUUCGUGCUCAACUUCGGAAGAAAAGGGAAUCUUUGGCUGAUCAGUUUGACUUCAAGAUUUAUAUAGCCUUCGUUUUCAAAGAAAAGAAGAAGAAGUCUGCACUUUUCGAGGUAGCUGAAGUGGUGCCAGUGAUGACCAACAACUAUGAAGAAAACAUCCUACGAGGUGUGCGCGAUUCCAGCUACUCUCUUGAGAGUUCGAUAGAACUCCUGCAAAAAGAUGUGGUGCAACUACACGCCCCCCGAUACCAGUCAAUGCGAAGGGAUGUGAUAGGCUGCACACAGGAAAUGGAUUUUAUCCUUUGGCCACGCAACGAUAUUGAGAAGAUUGUCUGUCUGCUGUUCUCCAGAUGGAAGGGGGCCGAUGAUGAACCCUUUAGGCCUGUUCAGGCCAAGUUUGAAUUUCAUCAUGGAGACUACGAGAAGCAGUGCUUGCAUGCUUUGGGUCGUAAAGACAAGGCUGGAAUGGUCAUGAACAACCCAACUCAGUCUGUAUUUCUCUUCAUGGAUAGACAACACUUACAGACUCCUAAAACCAAGGCCACAGUUUUCAAGUUGUGCAGCCUCUGCCUGUACUUGCCCCAGGACCAGCUGACCUGCUGGGGUGUGGGAGACAUCGAGGAUCACCUUCGCCCAUACAUGCCUGAUUAAGGCUUCUUGCUCCACCCAGCCACACAGGGAAAAGCCUUUCCCCUUCCUCCUGCCUAAGCCUUCAGAAGCAAAUUGAUGUACUCAUCCUCACCCUCUCCCUUUUAAAAGAUUUGAACUUAUGCUUGGAUCUCCUUUUUGUUCCCUACUUGUUGUCCCUUCCCUGACCCAAAGCUGAUUCAGUUCCCAUCCUUUUUUUUAAAACCUCACACUCCCAGUGUACCUCCUCUUUGCCAUUUUUGGAUUGGUUCCCCCAUUUUUUGUUUUUAAUUUUCCUUCCUCUUCAUCCCUCCUCCUCAUCCACCCAUUUUUGUUCAUUUGAACCUGCACGAACAUUGAUUUUGAGUGGUUGGUUGUUCUCUUGGAGCCGCACUGUCAACAGCACCGGUCAUUGAAGGAACUCUUUAUGUUGCAUCAAAACAGGAACAAACAAUACACAGGUCUUCACGGUGGUUCUCAGAUGGACGUGUUUUAUAUCCUUGUUGUCAUAAGAAAGGAUUGUUAAAGCUUGUUUGUAAUGUCAAUGGGGUUUCUAGAACAACUUUACACAAUCUCUUGACCAAGGACAGGUGUGAAGAGGUGUUUAAGCACCCGUAUAAGCAAAGAUAACAAGAUGAACAGUAUUUGUCAAAUCAUAUGGUGUAGGUAUUGCUUCUUAUAAACCGCCUUAGUUAUUUUGCUGGACUUUUAAAGAUGUUUUGGUGUCAUUUGCUUUCCUCUGAAACAUGCUAGGCAGGCCUUUGCUAAAAUCUUGAGUGACUUGAAAGGCAUUGUACACAAAGUUGAGACAUGUUGGUUAGAUGUUGAAGGUAAUUUUCACCAUUCAAGCCGUUCAUGCACUAUUCAUUUAAGCUACUGAAAUCUGAUGUUUUAUGUUCUGUUUUAUUUGGGAUGUGGGUUGGUGAGAAACUGAAAUGGUGACAAAUUUAUUGUUUAACAUACAUAACAAAAAGUUGCUGAAAGCUAACUGAUUUUUUGUUUAAUCUGACCUACUAAAAUUUAAGAUGAUUUGCUGCCAUGCUCAUCAAAUUAAAAUUGGGUUUUGCAGGCUUGCUUGUCAAAGAAUAUGAAGCACAUAGCACAUAUAGUUUUGCUCCAUGUUGAUUCAGUGUGUUCAUUUGAAAAGGGUGUAAGGCGUGUAACUUCUGGGGUUUUUUUCUGUUGGUUCUCAAAUCAAUACUGCUGAGCAUAUCCCAAUACAAUGCAAAUUCUGAAAGCAUAA